GCCAGCCUGUGACCUUGCCUUCAACCAGACGACAACGAGCAGCCGCUACUGCAGGUUCCAUGGCCCGUUCGUCGAAACUCAACAUCAAAGCUACCUCUUCCUCGGCAAUAGCCUACCAGUACGCCAUCCUCUUCCUCCUCGCACUGAAUCACCUCCUCGAUACGCAUCCACGCCAUUUCCGAUACCGCCAGCGCUGCGCUGCAGAGAACGCAGACGACGACGACGAUUCCGAUGACUCGUAUUAUGAUGAUGAGCCUACGCCUCCGUCCUCACCACCAUCCUCACCGCCUCCACAGCGGCACAGGUCUGCGGCUCCUUCUCCCUCUCAUCCUUUUCCACAAACGGUUCCCCCACGAUGGCGUCCUUCCGAGCCCUCCCUUUACGAACUCGAGCACGCCGAGAUGAGAGACGCGUGGGUCAGGAUGCGGGCCGUCAGACUGAUACCAGUGCGGAAGAGGGUGCGGUGGGGGAAUGUGCAGGUAUUCCGGUAUGAGAGAGAUGAAGAAUCCGAGGGAGGGGGCAACGCUGCGCCAGGCGCGCAUGGACAGACCAACGAUGCUCAGCAGUAA